AUGCAUGUGGUCUCUAGCGGUCUGAGAUCGCUGCUGUGCGAAUAUACUAGCAAAUGUAUGCCCAACGCAAGAGCUGGUCUGCGAACUCUUGCAGUGAUACCAGAUACGACUGCAGUUACGAAGCCAGUGGCGGCCAGCGCGAUAAUACGAGGCGUACAAGACCACCGACGCGGCUUAACUACGACUCCAGCCAGACGAUCAGAGGCGAGCGCUGAAGAGCGUCCUUCGAUUCCGCCUCCUCUCAAGGGCAUCCGAAUUGUUGACUUGACCCGUGUCCUCGCUGGUCCGUAUUGUACCAUGUUGCUAGCCGAUCUUGGUGCAGAUGUGAUCAAAGUUGAGCAUCCAAAAGGUGGAGAUGAUACACGAGCGUGGCUUCCACCGUUUGCCAAGCCUCCGACCGGCAAGCACGCUCCCAAGGCACCAACAGGCAAGGAAGACUAUUGGGCUUCGCUACCACCAGAGUCGGCCUAUUUUCUGAGUGUCAACCGCUCCAAGCGAUCCAUCACAGUAGACCUCAAAUCGAAGGCCGGAAAGAAGAUCAUCUACGAUUUGGUGGCCAAGGCCGACGUUGUGGUAGAAAACUAUUUGCCCGGCAAACUCGCCAGCAUGGGUCUCGGAUACGAAGACUUGAAAAAGGUCAAACCCGACAUUAUCUACGCCAGUCUUACGGGCUAUGGACAGACUGGGUCGUAUCGCGAUAAAGCAGGUUACGAUGUCAUCAUUGCGGCCGAUGCGGGGAUGAUGCACAUCACGGGCGAAGCUGAUCGACCGCCUGUCAAGAUUGGUGUUGCCAUGACCGACCUUACCACAGGACUGUACGUUCAUGGAGCCAUCAUGGCCGCGCUGCUCGGACGCGCUCAGACUGGCAAAGGUGUGCACAUUGACGCGAGUCUGUUCGAAUCGCAGAUCGCAUCGCUGGCCAACAUUGCGUCCAACUAUCUCAUCGCAGGUCAGGAAGCUGGACGACACGGCGACAAGCAUCCGUCUAUCGUGCCCUACCAGACCUUCCAGGCAAAAGACGGCCGGAUCAUGCUGGGUGCAGGUAACGACGGCCAGUUCAGAUUCCUCUGCAAUCUGCUCGAGCGACCUGAGCUGUCGAUGGACGAAAAAUACGCUACCAAUGCGGCACGUGUAGCGCACCGCGACACACUUAUCCCACUGCUCGACGAGCUGCUGCAAAAAAAGACGGUGCAGGAAUGGUGCGAUCUCAUCAACGGUAAAAUUCCAGCCGCACCCAUCCGAAACAUCAAAGGCACGUUCGACGAGCAUCCACAGAGCAAAGACAGAAAAGUGGUGGCCGAAGUAGAACACCCAAGGGCGGGAAAGAUCAAGAUUGUGGCGCCGGCGGUGAGAUAUGGCAACGGCAAGAUGAAAAUCACCAGACCACCACCGGUCUUGGGGCAGCAUACGGAUGAGAUUCUGACGCAGGAGUUGGGCAUGUCGGAAGACGAGGUUGCCGAGUUGCGCAAGGCUGGGUCUAUUGGACAGUGA